UAAUACGCUCGUUGAUGAUUCAAAAACCCUAACGAGCGCAGUGUUUUCAUCGUCGUCUUCUCCCUUGCGCUGUCUCUGUAAACUAGACGAAAAGUAAAGCAGAAAUGGGGGGAAAGAGAAAGAAGAGGGAAAGCGAAGAAAUAAUCGAAGUACAGAAAGACGUUAAUAAGAAUAAUGAAAGCAGCCAUAAGAAGAAGAGAGAGAUACUCCCAUCCAUGAUAAAAAACAAAGAGAAGAGAUCAGCCGUACAUGCCAAGCUCAAGCACCAGAAGAAGCUCGAUAAACGCAAGAAACUCAAGGCCCGUGACGUUGCCGAGAAACUAGCUCUCGAGCUCGGUGAGGAGCCUCCGCCGAGGAUGGUCCCUCGCACAAUCGAGAAUACAAGGGAGCCUGAUGAAACCGUAUGCAGGCCCGAUGAUGAUGAGCUUUUUGCUGGUAAUGAUGCAGACGAGUUUAGCUCGGUAUUAAAGCGUGAAUGUACUCCAAAGAUAUUGAUCACAACAUGCCGUUUCAACUCUACUAGAGGACCAGCUUUUAUAUCAGAACUACUUACAGUCAUUCCAAAUUCUCACUAUUUCAAGAGAGGAACCUAUGACUUGAAGAAGAUUGUAGAAUAUGCUAACAACAAGGACUUCACUUCUAUUAUUGUUGUGCACACCAAUCGCAGGGAACCAGAUGCUCUUCUAGUCAUUGGCUUGCCUAACGGACCUACUGCCCAUUUCAAGCUCUCCAAGCUUAUUUUGCGUAAGGAAAUCAAGAAUCAUGGAAAUCCUACUAGCCACUUGCCUGAGCUGGUAUUAAAUAACUUCACCACUCGCCUAGGUCACCGCAUUGGGAGAUUGAUACAGUCACUUUUUCCUCAAGAUCCUGAAUUUCGUGGUCGGCGAGUUGUAACCUUUCAUAACCAACGAGAUUUCAUAUUCUUUCGGCAUCAUCGCUACAUCUUUGAAACCAAAGAAAACAAAGAAAGUGAUUCUAAAGGUAAAAAAGCAAAAGAUGCUAAGGGUGAAAAGAUCACUAAAGAGAAAGUAAUCGCUCGCCUUCAGGAGUGUGGUCCCCGAUUCACACUGAAGUUGAUCAAUCUGCAACAUGGAACAUUUGAUACCAAAGGUGGAGAAUUUGAGUGGGUUCAUAAGCCCGAAAUGGACACUAGCCGAAGGAGGUUUUUCUUGUAAAUUACAUGGAUUCUUUAAUUAAUUCGCCAAAAAAUUGAAGCAUUUCUGGUGGAGGGUUCAAAUCUGCCAUAACCGACCGAAAUUCAUACCAACUGGCUACUUCAGUGUGCUAAAUACUUUCUAAUUAUAAGAAAUACGUCAUGAGCUUAGAUGAACAAAUGUAUCGUCUUUUGCGAAUUAUGUAUUCGGUUUGAAAUAUAAAUGAUUGUAGUUCAAUUAUAAGCAAUAUUGAUACUAAUCAACAUAUUUGUUGUAACUUGUGUUUCAUUUUCGAUUUAAGCUGAGAUUUUGUCGCUUUGAAGA